GAAGCGCUGGCACCUGUUUCCUCCAGAGGACACCGUGAACCUCUACCCGACCAGGAUCCCCUACGAGGAGUCCAGCGUCUUCAGCCGGGUCCACGUGGUCCACCCGGACCUGAGGAGGUUCCCAGCGUUUCAUGGAUCCAGAGCGCACGUCGUCACUCUGCAGCCUGGCCAGGUGCUUUAUGUCCCCAGACACUGGUGGCACUAUGUGGAGUCUCUGGACCCCGUCACGGUCAGCGUCAACUCCUGGAUCGAGCUGGAAGAGGACGACGUGGAGCGAGUCGGCGAGGCCGUGACCAGGACCGUGGCCUGCGCCUUUAAAAGAGACGACGACACCGACGACUGGCUCAACCCCACUGAGGACGGCGUAGCGUCCCAUCAGGACAACAUGCAGAGUGUGAACCUGGCCCUGAGAGCUUGUGCUCAAAGACACAACAAACCGACCCGGGACCAGAGAGACGCCGGUCCGCUCAAGCGGGACUCUGGAGGACAAAUAAAGGAAAGAAUCAAGGAUUCUGUGGCCUUCAGGGUUCCCUUUGGACCACAUCUCAUCGCGGUCUUACCGGAAACCACGAAACAUCUGGAGGUCCAAUCCCAAGUGGAGGAAGAAGAAUGUAGAGACGGUUUAACUCGAUGUAGACCAGCUGGCCCUGCAGAUGGGACCCACGAGGAGCUCGUACUCGCCACCAUAACCACUAACGACCUGCUGGACUGUCUGCUGCACCCGGAUGUCAUCGCCCGGGUCACGGAGCUGCUACUGGAAAGACACACAGGAAGUCACGGAAGCACCAACGACAUGAAAUGAGCCCAAAGCAACGGUCCGACGUCAGAGAACGGUGUGCAGAGAGAAAGAUGUUACGGCUGCAGAGAUCUAUCCUGUGAUGCUUCCUUCACCGUGACUUCCUGUCUCCUCCCGCCUCGGCCCCCUGAGAUUAACAACCCCCAGAUGUGAGAAGUCACAGCUAAUCGUAACCUGAUGCCAACGUUUCCUCUUGUUGUUGUUGUCCUGCACGAUAAUCCGGUUUGGGUUCAGAAACAUGGCCACCAGAAUCAGUUUAGUAUGCUAAUGAGCCUCCUAAUUCAAGAUGAUACGGCCGAGAUGUUGAAUUUGUUUGGUAAUAAUGUCUCUGUGUCGUUGGACGACCACGUAAUGCUGAGGAAAGACGUGCACGAGUACGAGAACAAAAUAAAUAAGAUAUUUUAUAAAUAAAGGCAUUAAAUAAAUUAGAUAUCCUGCACUUUGUUUUCUGCCGACCUGAUUGAAGGUAUUCCCAGUUUUAACAUGAAAACAAGAUUUCUUUCUUUAGUUAUUAAAACUGAUAAUGAAAACGCACAAAAACAAGUUUUAGCAUCAGCUGUUACAGGACUUCAUAGAAGACUUGAAACUAGAGAUUGAGACCAUAAACUCAUGUUUACAAUGUUUACUGAGGUAAUAAAUCAAGAGAGAA